CAGGGGGCCUUGUAACUGUCACUACUAUUUACAUUCGAUAAUUUGGCUUGUGGGCGAAAUUGUGGUAGAUUCCAACUCAUCACAUUGAAUCUUGCUUCAUAUUUCAUUUCUUAAGUACCGAUAAAAUGGAAUACCUGAAGCCGGUUAUCCUGCAAGUUUUAACACCGCAAUGUUACGAUGAGUUCUUUGUAAACUUCAACUUUUUCCACGUUGAAUGUUUGAAGGCAGCCCUCAGCAAGGGACUCGGACUCGGAAUCAUAGCUGGUUCUGUGCUUGUUAAAGUGCCUCAAAUUCUGAAGCUUUUCAAUGCCAAGAGCGGAGAGGGCAUUAAUCUGACUGCUAUUUUCAUGGAGCUUUUCGCCAUUUCUGCGAAUAUGGCUUACAGCUACAGAAAUGAGUUUCCUUUCAGUUCAUGGGGCGAAGGUUUCUUCUUGGCCGUCCAAACGGCUCUCGUCGCCGCACUCGUCCUACUUUACGGUUCCGGUCCCGGCAAAGGGAAGAACGCUGGCAAAUCUGCAGCUGGCGGACGGAGCGGCAGCGCCGUAGCGGCGCUCUCUUUCCUCGCCUGUUUCUCGGCCGGACUGGCCCUCAUGCUCAGCCCACUAGCGCCAAUGCAACUCUUGUGGCUCUUCCAGGCUUCCAUCGUGCCCAUCAUCGUCGUCUCCAAGAUGAUCCAAGCGGUGGCCAACUACCGCCAGGGCGGCACGGGCCAGCUGUCGGCCGUGACGAUUUUCCUGCUGACGGGCGGGGCCGCUGCCCGCAUCUUCACUUCGAUCCAGGAGACGGGCGACUCGAUGAUGAUCCUCACGUACGUCGUUUCGACCUUUGUCAACUGCGUCAUCGCGGCCCAGGUGAUCUACUACUGGAACAGCGGCAAGAGCGCCAAAGGUGGCGCCAACAAGAAGAAGGCCGCCGCCAAAGCCAAAAAGGACAAAUAAAAAUUCUCUUCUUCUUCUUCUUCUUC